AUGACUAUACCCGAGGGCUUAACCUGCGAUGCUAAUAAGGUGUGUAAACUCAAUAAAUCUUUAUAUGGUUUAAAACAGGCUCCCAGAUGCUGGAAUUCAAAAUUUGAUGCUGUUUUAAAGAAGUUUGGGCUAGCCAAUAGUAAAGCUGAUCAGUGUGUGUAUGUUGGCACUAUUAAUGGAGCAAAAUGUUACCUGUGUUUGUAUGUUGAUGAUGGACUGUUAUUUGCGAAAAAUACAUCAACUUUAAAGGAGUUGAUUAAUGACUUACAGUCAAUAUUUGAAGUGAAAAUCUGUUCACUCAAAAAUUUUGUUGGUAUGGAGAUACAGAAGUGUGACAAAUACAUUUUUAUACAUCAGUCAAACUAUAUUGAGAAGUUAUUAAAUAAAUUUAAUUUGUAUAAUUGUAAACCAAACUGUAUUCCAGUUGAGCCACAUAUGAAGUUGGUGAAAGGAGAAGGAGAAACAGAAAAGAACAUCCCAUAUCGGGAAGCAGUUGGAUCAUUGAUGCACCUAGCUACAGUAAGCCGACCUGAUAUUUCAUUCGCAGUAAGCCUGGUGAGUCGAUUUUUAAACUCUUACAAUGAAACACACUGGAAUGCUGUGAAAAAAAUUUUAAAGUAUCUAAAAGAGACUAAAGGUUAUGGCCUGUGCUACACACCAAUGUCAGAGCCUAAUGUUGUAGUUGGCUACAGUGAUGCAGAUUUCGCUAACGACCCUAGCACAAGACGUUCAGUCACGGGAUAUGUCUUUAUUAAAAAUGGAGCAGCAGUGACUUGGGCUUGUCAGAAACAACAGACAGUGGCCCUGUCAACCACUGAAGCAGAAUUCAUGGCAGCCUGUGCCGCCACUAAAGAGGCUAUGUGGGUCAAACAACUGUUAUGUGACAUCGGUGAAUUUAAUCAAAAAUCAGUGUGCUUAAAUCUAGAUAAUCAAAGUGCUAUAAAUUUAAUUAAAAACAUAAACUUUCACAAACGGUGUAAACAUAUAGACAUUAAGUUUCAUUUUAUAAAAGAAAAAUAUUAUGAUAAAAUUAUUGAGUUAAACUAUGUAUGCAGUGAUGAGCAAAAUGCUGAUAUUUUUACCAAACCUUUGUGUAAAAUAAAAUUUUGUUAUCUUAGAGAUAAAAUUGGAAUUAAAUCUUGCCAUGUAGUCAAGAAUACUUAA